AAAAUCACGAAGCAACCCUUUCAUAGACGCACCUCAUUCAUUUCAUCACGCAGAGAGGAUUUCUGCGUAAUGUGAGCUUCAAGAACGAUGACACAAUGCUUUGCUACAAGGGGGACCUCUUGGCGUGUAUGGUGUGUGUGAGCUGAAAACAGAUGCAGGAGCCUCUAUGGAGGACACAGAUGUUGCAUAAACCGCAGAAAUCGAGUCCGAGAUAAAGGCAGUAGUCCCCGCCGGAGCCAUGGGACUGACCGAGCUGCUGCUCGGACUGCUGUGGCUCCGCUCCGCUCCGCUCUGUGCAGCAGGCUGCAGUGAGCGAGUGGAGGUCCACACAGAGCGCAGGGGAGUGAUCUACAGUCCCUCCUGGCCUUUAAACUACCCUCCUGGAGUCAACUGCAGCUGGCACAUCCAGGGCGGGCAGGGAGUGAUCACCAUCAGUUUCCGAAACUUUGACGUGGCUGAGUCGGGGAAUUGUUUGGGAGACUGUCUGCUGCUGACUCCGACCUGGAACGGAGAAUCCAGGCUGUGCGGCUCCUCGCUGCCCCCGCCUUUCAUCUCCACCAGUGGGCGUGUUUGGCUGUAUUUCCACUCUCAGGCCAACAGCUCAGGGCAGGCUCAGGGCUUCCGCCUUUCCUACAUCAGAGGUAAUACUGGGUCAAGCAGCUGUCAGUCAGAUGAAUUUCUCUGUGGGAACGAGUGUCUGCCUCGCUCCUGGAAAUGCAACGGUCAGGGAUGUGGUGAUGCCAGUGACGAACGCAGCUGCUCCCCUCCUCCCACUGAGGCCCCGCCUGGCCUCUGUCCUUAUGGCUCCGUCCCUUGCACAGCCCAGUCCACCCGCUGUCUACCCGCCGCUCUGCGAUGCAACCGAGCCCGAGACUGUCAUGAUGGCACGGAUGAGCUGGGCUGCCCUGACACCACCUGUGGGAAACCUGGGAACUUCUAUGGCUCCUUUGCUUCCCCUGAUUUUUUCCGUGAUAGGAGCGCUGUGGUGGAGCUCAGGUGUUCCUGGUUACUGGACACUCAGGACCCCAAGCCCAUCGUGCUGCCUGACCUGCAGCUGGGGCCCAAAGACUCACUGCACGUGUACGACGGACUGCUGCAGCGGGCAGAGCACCUCUUACAGGUUUGUCAUAUCAUCAACAGGCUCCAGCACUCCUGGAUCCAGUCGGGACAGAUGAGUGUUCUGUAUAUGGCUCAGCCUCAGCCCGGACAUGGAUUCAAUGCUACGUACCAGGUCAAAGGUUACUGUUUCCUGGAGAGUCCUUGCGGCAGUGAUCAGGGCUGCUACUCUGAACGCCAGCGCUGUGAUGGAUAUUGGCACUGUCCAUCAGGCCGGGACGAGGAAGCCUGCCCAGCGUGCCCUGAUGGGGUUCCCUGCGAGGGCGGCACUGGAGUGUGCUACUCUGCAUCAGCGCUGCAACAACCAGAAAGGUGCCCGGAUGGGUCUGACGAGAAGAACUGCUACGACUGUCAACCAGGAAACUUUCACUGCGGAACUAACCUGUGCAUCUUUGAGACAUGGCGCUGUGAUGGCCAGGAGGACUGCUUAGAUGGGAGCGAUGAGAGGGACUGCAUGGCAGCUGUGCCCAGGAAGGUGAUUACGGCUGCUUUGAUUGGCAGUCUGGUCUGCAGUCUCCUUCUGGUCAUCGCCCUCGGCUGUGCCCUCAAACUCCACUCACUCAGGAACAGAGAUUUCAGAGCCUUUGAGACUCAGAUGACCCGCAUGGAGGCUGAGUUUGUUCAGAGAGAGGCCCCUCCUUCAUAUGGUCAGCUAAUCGCGCAGGGUCUCAUCCCACCAGUGGAGGAUUUCCCCGUGUACAACCCCACCCAGGCCUCUGUCUUACAGAACCUGCGGCUGGCGAUGCGUCGACAGAUCAGACGACACUCGACACGACGCACCACCUCAUCCUCCUCCCGUCGGCGACUAGGGCAUCUAUGGAAUCGUCUCUUCCACAGCGGAGGACGUGUCAGAGGCCACGCCCCCCUGCUUGACACCCCUGGACCCACACAGAUCACACUGGGGCUCCACAGCUACCGUACUGUCAAUGUGCAGGGGGCCCAGGUCAGGUCAAGGUGUAGAGCCGGGCCUGGAGAUGAGGUCGAUGUGGGGGGAAUGCUGGGAAUGGACCUGCAGCCCUUCACGCCAGAGAGCCCUGCCUCCCCUCUUUCCUUUCAGUCUGCGGACAGUCCAGAAACAGAGGAGAUGUCGCCUAUUAGCAGGGAAAGCAGCAGAGCUACACAGUCUGAGCCCGCCACUCCUGUGCAAAGUGACUCUUCAUCCCUCAGCGGAACCCCUUCCACUUUCCAGGACACCUCUGUACCCCCGUGCCACCCUCGUGCAUCUAGGAAACUGGUUCUAGAGCUGGCUGUUAACCUGAAGGGUGUUUCCUUGAGACGUUACUCUCCACUGGGACCCUUGUCCCCUAUUUCACCCUCUGUGUUUCCCAGCAGCUCACAGACAUCCAUCCCUCACUCCCAGGGGCCGGAGGUGACUUUCCCCUCAGAGCCCUCGUCUUCUUCUGUGAAAGGAGAGGACAGCGACAGUCACUUCACUGUAGAAGUGCCAAGCAGGGAAAUAAGCAGCAGGGACAAAAGGAGGAGGGAGGGCAAGAACAGACUGUGCAGGCUGAGUAGGGCCUUUAGUGACGAGGGGGGAGACUCAGGAAGGGAGACAACGCCAUGCUGAACAGUUGAGGAAGAUACUCUCUUUUCCUUCAGUCUGUUGAGACCUGCUGUCUGCAAUACUUGCACUGAUAAAGUGUCCUUGAAAUUUACCCCCACUCAACCGAGAGAUAACAUCCACCCAUAGCCCUCCCAAGAAGGAGGAAUUAGCAAAUGCAUAGAUAUGUCAUAUGCACCAAAUUCUACAUAUGCAGUCUUUUUCUGGAAUGAAUAAAACCAGCGCAGUACAGCUUAGGGUCUGUGAUCGGAGGAAAAUGUCUGUCAAAAAAGAGCUUAUGCUGACCCCACGUUUUAAUGCAAACAAAUAACCCAGUUUAAAACCAAUGUCAUUAUAACCCCUUUCCAAAAUUUGGCCUCCAGUACCACAGUAAUAUUGUCAACAAGAUUUUAAAACGCCAAAGCAGCCUUUGUGUCAUUACCCAAAGCCAUUAUGCACCGCUUUAUACUGUGAACCAGAAAAGCCUCUGAAAUGAUCACAAUUUAUCUCAUCCUCUAUUCUGUCUUACUCACAGUUUGUUUUAGAAGUUGGAGUUAUUUUUAUUCCGAUUAGACAUUUAGAGAAGGUCAUGGUUGGUAGUUUAUUAAAAGAUAAGUCUGGUGAUAUUAUGCUUUUGUUUCAGUCCAGUUGUUACUAUCCAUUAGAACAGACCAACAUCAGCAGUAAAACAUAUUCAUUUUAAAGCAGCAGGACACAGAGACUCAAAGACACUCUUGAAUUAGUACUCAACAGGAGUAAAUUGUGUUUGUUAGAGAAUAUUUCAGCCUCAUAUUACUUCACAUUUGAUGCACCUGUGUGUAAAACAGCUGGAUAUGCCUGGUGUACGUGGUGUUGAGUCUGAAUACACGACAGUGCACAUCUUCAUAGUAUACCAGGUGAUAAUAUGUCACAUGCCAUUCCAUUUAGUGAUUAGAUUUAAACAUAAUACAUUUUAGACAACAAUGAAAACACAGUUGAUACCUGUUUUUGGAUAUAUUUGGACAUUUUUGUGGUCUAUUUUUACGCUUUGUCAACAAAAAACAGUAAAUGAAUCAUCCGAAAAUAGCCAAGCUAGCUGUGCUACCAUACUGCUUACUGUCAUCUUUUUCUUGAUGUGAAAGGCGUAGUAUUGAUCUUUAUAUCUAACUCUGAAAUAUAAUUGUCCUCCCUAAAGAUGUAAAACUGUUUUCAACAUAAACUGCACAUGUCCAGUUAUAUUCUCAGUCAUUUCUCAAGUUCACACCAAAUUAGACAUUUCUUUACUACUUGUGCAGUACCAGUUGUCACCUUAAUGCAAGUUUCAAACCCAAUGAUAAUAAUAAUGUAGAUUAGAAAUUAAACCAAUGAUAUUUUUUACAUUUUCAUUUCCUCAAAAACUUAGUAGUAACUUAAUAGUUAAUGACUCAUCCUGCACUCAGGGGUGAAUAUGUACUUUUUGUCCAAUAAAAUGCUUUACUUUAUUAUUCCCCUCCUCCAUGUCAACAGGACAGGAGCUAGCUGCCAACUAAUAACUGUCACCGUGUUUAUGUUUUAAUAUUGUCAUAAUUUGUCACUGUGAAUGCCAGUCAAUGCACAAGUCCCUCUUUAGCUUCCUGUCUUUAAAGGAAACAACAACAAAUGCAGAAACAAUCACUAAUCUGUUAGCAUUUAAACUGACUUUAAAAAUCCUAACUUUGAUGGAAAGUAAGGAAGUAAUGAAAAUGUAAUGCCUGUAACUCUGCUCAGCUCAUUAUCCUCCUCCUUAAAUCAAACCCAAACUUCCCUCCUCAAGGAAAUUGACAACCACUUCCAUGAACUUGACUGUCAGUGGCUGUUUAACAGUAUAACAUUGCUUGAAGAAUCCUCUUUAUCAAACAGUGAAUCUUUAGUACUGCUUCCAGCGCACUGGUCAUGGCAGACGUCUGAAAGUCUGGUUUAUUCCUUCAGAAAUGUAUAACUAUGCUGGGUAAUUUUCUACAAAAAGAUUCCAGGACAGAGACCUCUAUUUUUCUGUCUUUGUUGAAGACCUGUACUUGUACUAUUCUCUCUUUGCCUUGACAAGCAUUUGUUUUUUCUGGACUUUGUCGCCUGUCUUGAUUUUUGUUUUGCAAGCUUGUUUCUUAAUGGUCUGACACUGGUGACCCUCUAAUCACUGCUGGACUUCUAAAGAAUGUAUCACAUGUUGAAAUCAAUACAUUUCUUCUCAUGCAGGAUAUUGAGACUGAACACAAAAGUUAGGUUUCUGAUGUAGAUAAGAGAUUGAGAUAUAACCAGGAGCCAAUGCUACUUGAUUUUUAGCUGCAGUCAGGUUUCUGUACUAAGUACACAUGAUGUUUUCUGCUGUUUUUUCUCGAAGCUGAAUGUGCCAUGCAAGAGGUUUUGUUAUAAAAGGCUGCUACAUGUUUUGUGCCAUUAGAGAUGUGUCCAUAUAUUCCCAAAGUUAAUCAUCGAUCUUCAUUUCUGUCAAUACUGUGUUCCCAUGUUACAUAUAUUUUGUGCUGUUUUUUCUGUGUUCUUUAUUGAUGGUCAAAGCCAUGUUUGACUGAGAAAUAGUUACUAGCUGUUUGAAAAAAAACUUUAAAUAUCUGCAGAAUGUACAUCUUUCUUUGCUUUGUUAUGUACAGAAAUUAGUUAAAAAUGCCUUUUUGUUGGCCUAAUGGUUCUUCAUUGCUGAUCUAAAUAUCAUGGACCAUUUCACAGAUCAAAGUUGUGGUUGACAUGUUUGAAGAGGUUUCUGUGUGUCAGGACAUGGAUGUAUGAUGUGUUUGUGAAUGGUACAAGGGAUGCACUGGAGUUGUAGUGCACAAGUGCAUCAGGAAUCUCUGAAAUUAAUGUGACAGAGGAGUUGAAGAAAUUACAUUUAUUUUGUAAUAUCCUAUUAAAGUAUUAUCUGUUUAUUUAAAUGAUAAUCCGUGCAAGUCUUUGUAGCAUUGGUUGCUUUUGGGUUAUUCAGCCUACAAAUUAGAGAGAAUAAAAUGUUCACAUUACAGUGGGAAUUUCUUCUACGUACAAUGUUUUUCUGACAGUCAAAAUGUAUUGUUAGUUCCUCUGGAUUUUAAUGGUUUAUAUAAACUGCUGGGCAGAAGCCAUAUGAAGAUCUUCUCACCUGUAUGUUUUUUUCGUUUUGCACUGCCUUUAUACACCCUAUGUCCAUUAAGCCGUAAUAACUGUACUUGGUUAACACAGGGGUACUCAAGUCACUGCUUCAGAGUACUUCUGGGCAAGGUUCUGAUGACAUCCCCUCUGCUUACUUUCAUUGUAGGAUUUGCUCAUCAAAACCCUGUUAAGCCUUAUGCUUACUACUCUGUUUUCAUGUGCCUGCAAUUAAUAAAGUUCAAGGUCUUCA